UGUUUUGCUCUGUUCAUCAGCAGAGCUGCCCAUCGUUUGCCUAGUUCCAAUCAGAUAUCAGCUAUAGUCAUUGUCUUGCUGGUGAUAUCAUCAAAAAGACGAGAUCUUUCGUCUUCUUCUCCGUUCUUCUCCGAUCUGCAAAGCUCGAUCUUUUGCUCGCCAAAUCCAAUCCCUGUACCUCUCUCUUUAAUUGGACGAAGUGUCAGGAAGAGGCCAAGAAGGAGUCAAGAGCCACCAGUCUCCGGCCACCAAGUGGGUGGCGAGUUACGGGCGAGAUGGCCUUCGCCUCCUGCCUCCCGCUGCUGCCGCUCCUGCUGCUGUCCGCGGCGGCGGCGGCGGACGGUGGCCUGGGCGUGGCGGAGUACGAGGCGCAGUUCGAGGCGUGGUGCGCGGAGCACGGCAAGUCGUACGCGACGGCCGAGGAGCGCGCGGCGCGGCUCGCGGCGUUCGCGGACAACGCGGCCUUCGUGGCGGCGCACAACGCGGGGGACGGCGCGCCGGCGUCGUACGCGCUCGCGCUCAACGCCUUCGCCGACCUGACGCACGACGAGUUCCGCGCCGCGCGCCUCGGCCGCCUCGCCGCCGGCGCGGGUCCCCGCCGGGACGGCGAGGGCGCGCCGUACCUGGGCGGCGUCGGGUCCGUGCCCGAUGCGUUGGACUGGAGGCAGAGCGGCGUGGUCACCAAGGUCAAGGACCAAGGCAGCUGCGGUGCGUGUUGGAGCUUCUCAGCUACAGGUGCCAUGGAGGGAAUAAACAAGAUCAAGACAGGUUCCCUGAUCAGCCUUUCCGAACAGGAACUAAUAGACUGUGAUAGAUCCUACAAUACUGGUUGUGGUGGUGGCCUCAUGGAUUAUGCCUAUAAGUUUGUGGUUAAAAAUGGUGGAAUUGACACGGAGGAGGAUUACCCAUAUCGUGAAACAGAUGGAACAUGCAACAAGAACAAGCUCAAAAGGCGAGUGGUAACAAUUGAUGGCUACAAAGAUGUACCCGCCAACAAUGAAGAUCUGUUACUUCAGGCUGUUGCUCAGCAACCUGUCAGCGUAGGAAUAUGUGGUAGCGCUAGAGCAUUUCAACUAUACUCCAAGGGCAUCUUCGAUGGUCCAUGUCCUACAUCGCUUGAUCAUGCUGUGUUAAUUGUGGGAUAUGGUUCUGAAGGUGGCAAGGACUACUGGAUUGUGAAAAACUCUUGGGGUGAAAGUUGGGGAAUGAAGGGGUAUAUGCAUAUGCAUCGGAACACCGGCAAUUCCUAUGGUAUCUGUGGCAUAAACCAGAUGCCAUCAUUCCCUACAAAAACAAGCCCGAAUCCUCCUCCUUCGCCAGGCCCAGGUCCAACCAAAUGCAGCCUUCUUACCUACUGCCCUGAAGGAUCCACCUGCUGUUGCUCCUGGCGUGUCUUGGGGUUGUGCCUUUCUUGGAGCUGCUGUGAACUGGACAGCGCAACUUGCUGCAAGGAUAAUCGUUAUUGUUGCCCCCAUGACUACCCGAUUUGUGAUACGGCUAGCCGACGGUGCUUCAAGGCUAACAAUGGCAACUUCUCUGUCAUGGAGGGAGGGAGUAGGAAACAGUCUUUCUCCAAAGUUCCCUCUUUGGAUAUAUUCAAAUUUAGGGCUUAUUUGGUUCGGAGAUCCUAUAAAUUGGCAGGUGAGUGCUUCUUGUUUAUCAAAAGCAGUGACGGGAAGAGCCCCAUAGUUGUUGGGCCUUGGGGUGGCACAGGAGGAUACCCUUGGGACGAUGGUGUAUACUCAAACAUACGCCAGGUCAUCAUCACCCAUGGUGCAGCUAUUGACUCCAUAAGGAUUGAAUAUGACCUGAAAGGAAAUUCGGUCUGGUCAGAGACACAUGGGAGCACUGAUGGAGGAGGUUCUGAAACAGAUAAGGUGAAGCUAGUUUUUCCUGAUGAAUUCCUUGUGUCUGUAAGUGGCUAUUACGGAUCAGUCUGUGGGACGCCAGUUAUCAUAAGAUCAUUAACAUUUCAAAGCAACCGUUCCAUGUACGGGCCUUUCGGUACAGAAGAUGGGACACCUUUCUCACUCCCAGUGAGCAGUGGCAAAAUUAUUGGUUUUCAUGGAAGGUCAGGGUCAUAUCUCAACUCUAUAGGUUUUUAUCUGAAGCAAGUGCAUGUUCCAGAUCGAUCAAAUUCUCCAAGCUUGCCUCGGAGUCAAAGGCUUACAGGUGCAUAUAACAAAAAUGGUUAUAGCUUUCCUGAGGGCGCUUCAGGAUAUGACAUGGUCCUUGCAGUCCGAGAUAGAGGUGACAGCUAUGCUGUUUAUACUAGCAAUUACCCUAAUCAGCAGUAUGCAAAACCUUCUCCAGACUACCAUGAUGGAAUCCUCUGGAAUAAGGUGCCACAAACUAGUCCACCACUGCAGAUGGUAUCUUUUCCUAGUAGUUAUGGAGAGAGAGGAGCUGCAACUAUGAGUAGCCACGAGACUUUUGGUCCUUGGGGUGGAAGUGGUGGCACCAUCUUUGAUGAUGGCAUGUACACUGGGGUGUGGCAGAUCAAUUUGACACGAGCAGUGGGAAUUACUUCCAUUAAGGUGCUGUACGAUCGAAAUGGCCAGGCGGUGUGGGGAAACAAGCAUGGAUUCAGUGGGGCUGUUUCACCAGACAAGAUAGUAUUUGAUUUUCCCUCAGAGAUCUUGACUCAUAUAACUGGCUACUAUGGAGCGACAAUGAUCAUGGGCCCAACAGUGAUCAGAUCACUCACAUUCCACACAAACAAGCGGAGAUAUGGACCAUAUGGGGAUGAGUGCGGCACAUACUUCUCCACCAGUUUUACUGACGGGAGGAUAGUAGGAUUCCAUGGUAGGGAGGGAUGGUACAUUGAUGGCAUUGGAGUCCAUGUUCAGGAAGGCAAGUUGGUGCCACCGCGAGUUAGUAGUAGAUCAAUGACUGAGAUGAACCCCUCUCUGCGCUACGACAUGCUUGCGCAAGCACAGAGCGAAACAUACGAUGAGGUUGCUUAUAGUAUGGUGAAAGAACCAGUUCCAAUGGGGCCAGGGCCAUGGGGUGGCGAAGGAGGCCGGCCAUGGGACGAUGGUGUCUACACUGGUGUGAAGCAAGUCUAUGUGAUGAGAGGCUCCUUUAUCGGCUCGAUACAAAUCGAGUAUGACCGGGGUGACCAAUCCGUCUGGUCUGCAAGGCAUGGAACCAGUGGCCACAUCACCCAUAGGAUUAAGCUGGAUUACCCGCAUGAGGUCCUGACAUGCGUAUACGGCUACUACAACACCAACAGGGAGGAAGGCCCCAGGGCUCUGAGGUCGAUCACCUUCAUCAGUAACCGAGGGAAGUACGGGCCAUUCGGAGAGGAAUUCGGCGCAUACUUCUCGUCGGCGAAGACGGAAGGGAAGGUGGUAGGGUUCCAUGGCCGGAGCGGGCAGCACCUGGACGCCAUUGGGGUGCAUAUGCAGCACUGGAUGGGGGACAGGAGGCCUGCUCCCAAGUACGUGCUGUCAAAGUACCUCUUCUGAUGGAGCUAUGAAUGGAUUUAGUUGAGUUCAUUUCAAACGAUGAAUGAAUUACAUGUAGUUUAGCCGAUAGCUACCAUACAGAUUGGGAUGGUUUUCAAUUUUGAGAUGUGGAACAGUUCAGCCUACAGAAUUACAGAUGACUUGGUUCCUUGUAUUCAGGGCUUCAAGCAUAGUUACUGUAUAUCAUGAUUUAUGAGUAAAUUCAAAUAAA